AUGGCAAUUAGAGCAGUGGUAGCAGUUUGUGAAACUGGAAAGAAGCUUGAAGAGGUGAAGGCAACUGAAGAAAAAGGUCCUUGGUAUGCUGAUUUGGUGAACUACUUAGCUUGUGGGAGAGAGCCAUUGGGUCUUGAACGAUAUGCCAAGAAGGAGUUCUACAAAGAUAAGAAUGGUGUGAAGCAUAAGGUAGCAACACCUUACCAUCCUCAGACAAGUGGGCAAGUUGAGAUCUCCAACAGGGAAAUCAAAUCUAUCCUAGAGAAGAUUGUGGGAACUAAAAGGAAAGAUUGGUCUGACAAGCUUGAUGAUGCGCUUUGGGCUUAUAGGACAGCUUACAAGACUCCUUUGCGAACCAUACCUUUCAACCUUGUGUAUGGGAAGGCUUUUCAUCUACCAGUUGAGCUAGAGUACAAGGAUCUACAAGGAGAAAACCAAGGCUUUCAUGACAAGAAGAUCUUGAAGAGGGAGUUCAGUGCUGGAGAUCAAGUGCUUCUCUACAACUCAAGAUUGAAUUUGUUCCCCGGGAAGCUCAAGUCAAGAUGGUCUGGUCCUUUCAAGAUCAAGGAAGUUAAGCCAUAUGGAGCAAUUGUGUUAUUGGACAAGAAUGGUGGAGACUUUACAGUCAAUGGACAAAGAGUUAAGCUCUACAUGGGAACCACAAUGGAGGAGAAAGGAAUCUUGAUUUCACUCUCCGACCCCGUCUCAGCCUACCCAAAGGAAAACAAAGUCAAGCUAGAGACUUAA